ACGAACCCGCGGAAUCAGGAAGUGAUGUGUGCGCGCGCACACGCGACCGGACAGUGGAGUAUUUUUGUUGUAAAGUCGGACUAAACCCUGCAGAGGCCGGAUGACAGCUAGUGGCUGAACGCUGAACUCGCGUUCGUCCAUGGUUGUGUUUCCUGGAAUUUAGAAAGUAUUAUCUGUCUAGAAAUGGGUCCCGGCUAAACCAAGGAAUAUUCUGGAAAACCGUGGACGACGGGGUUUCGAGCGCAGAACAGGAAGGGAGCACAGCAGCGGCGGCCCGUGGCCGCGUAGAACAGCUUAGUAGCAGCCGGUAGUAGCCGUGAGGAGUCGGCCGGGCAUUGUGUGUCAGGAGCGGAAACUGUGACUGCACCGAGGCACCGAUUCCUCACUUGCCCUACUGAUUCUGUUCUGGGAGAGAUCAGACCAGUAUUGUCGCCAAGAUAGCUGGGCCAGGCAGGAAGAGGCACACCUCAAAUCCAGACCCCAGCAGUGAUAGUGAUUCCAGCGACGGGCGGCCUUUUAGUGCCAAGUGCCUAAAGAUGGCCAGCAGUGGUGGUACGGAUAUGUCUACCAACGAUACAGUGGGCCGUCGUGGUGGAGCUCAGCAGAAAGGUGGAAGUGGGAGGGAGAGGAGCUCGGACUUGUCCUCCAGCACCAGUAAGAAGAAGCAGAAGGACAGAGCCAACCAGGAAAGCAGAGAGGCCAAAAGGGCUGCGGCUGCAGACGGGAUCAUUGCAGAAGUCAAGAAAGAUGUUUUUGUGGACUGGAAACAGAACGUCAAUGAAGUGACAGUCAGGCUUCGCUGUGGGGAGGGAGUGCACAGGAUCGAGGACAUCAACACUACCUUCACUGAUACACACUGCCAUGUUUGCUUCCCAGAUGGACGACAGUGGAGCUGCCACCUACAGGAGGAAAUUGAGGCCUCAUGCAGCAGAGUCCAGUACAAGGAGAAGGGAGGUUUCCUUCAUCUUAUUUUGCACAAGAAGAUCCCCUUUCACAUUUGGCCAUCCCUUAAGUCAAACAAGAAAGAGAAAGAAAAGGAGAAGAAGGUUCCACCAACUGAGCCCAGAAAUGACAGCGAGCAGGAAAUAAAGCCUUUGGGUGCUGUGUCAUCUGAGAACUUAAAAGGGACCUCUGCCCAGCCACAGCACCAACCCCACCCUCCCUCCUCUCCUCCAAACAGCGAAUUAAGACGCACUAGUAAAGCUGAGCGUGGAAUCAAGCGGUGCUUGAAAAACAAAGCAGUGCGAGACAAAGUCACUGCAGACUCUGUAGAUGUGAUAGGUGCUGCUGGAGAUCCAGGAUCCGUCACUAAGCCUGCUUUUAUCAGUAGAAGUCAGCAGCAACCUCAGGAAGUUGGUGCAGAGCACAUCGUCAUACAUCUUCCCAAAGCCACUAGGGAGACAUCAGAGGAGAAGGACACACAUUGUGUAAAGGCUAAUGUUAAAUCCCCAGGCGCACAACUGCUCACUGCCCAAGCCCCACAGACACAACAGGAAGAUGACAACAGAGAAGAGAGAACGAGCAGUGGUCAGGAGCAGAGGGAUGAAGGCUCUGUCUUCAGCAAUACCAACAAAUCUCAGGUGCCUGAAAGAAAAAGGUCAUCACCAGAUCCAUGUGGAGGCUCAGCCGUCAUUACUGAAAGCCAAGCCACCGCUCCCAUCACCACCAGUGACUGCCCACAACCUAUUGGUAUCAAGAAUGAAAUGGACUAUGCUCCUGCAAGGCUGGGAGAAAGAACUGAGUCUGAACCUGAGGGUGGGUCUGUUGAGCCCAAACCAGUGCAGGAGAGUCUGAUCGCUCAACAGCUUGGAUUGAGAGAGGCAGCGCUAGCAGUACCAUCUGUUGACAUAACUGUCAAACAGAGCUCUUCAACAGCUGUAGCUCAGAGGCAGCAGGAAACCUCUGAGGAAGAGGAGAAGUGUGACCAGUUGAAGGAAGAGCCAUCUCUGGAAAUAAAGCCAUGUGAAGAGCCAAUGGUUAACCUGCAGUUUGUGAAGAAUGACUCGUAUGAGAAGGGCACAGAUCUGAUGGUGGUCAACGUUUACAUGAAGGGGAUCUGCAGGGAGACGGCUAAGGUCAUUUUCAGGGAGCAGGAUUUUACUCUCAUCUUCCAGACAAGUGAUGCAAACUUUUUACGGCUCCAUUCAGACUGUGGACCGAACACGUCCUUCAAGUGGCAAGUUAAACUCAGGAACCUGAUCCAGCCUGAGCUGUGCAGCUACUCUUUCACCCCAUCACGCAUAGACAUCACACUGAAGAAGAGACACAGCCAGCGCUGGGAAGGCCUGGAGGCUCCAGCCACACAAGGUGCAGUGGGUGGUGCCAAGGUUGCUGUGCCCUCUAGCCCCGCCUGCAUGGAAAAGAGCCAGCCAGGCAGCAGUCAGCACAAACCUCAAGGAGCAAAGGAGGAGCCUCCAAGGGUUGGGGAGGAGAAAGCAAAGACCCCUAAGGCCUCAUCCAGAGUGGAGGAUGGUGUUCUGGAGUCAGUGGCUCCUCGCACUGUCUCAGAGCAUGUUGCUAUGACAAAGUCAGAGCCUACAGUUACCACACCUAAACCUACCUGCAUGGUGCAGCCCAUGACACAUGCACCUUCUGCCAGCAAUGAGCGGCAUGAGGAAGAAGAGGAGAAGAAGGUGUGCUUACCUGGUUUUACAGGACUGGUCAACCUUGGGAACACCUGUUUCAUGAACAGCGUUAUCCAAACACUGUCCAACACCAGAGAACUCAGGGACUACUUCCAUGAUCGAGCAUUUGAAGCAGAAAUCAACUGUAGUAAUCCUCUGGGAACAGGAGGCAGGUUGGCCAUAGGCUUUGCUGUGUUGCUCAAAGCCCUUUGGAAAGGAACACACCAUGCCUUCCAACCAUCAAAGCUCAAGGCAAUUGUGGCCAGUAAAGCCAGUCAGUUCACAGGUUACGCUCAACACGAUGCCCAGGAAUUCAUGGCGUUCCUGCUGGAUGGGCUCCACGAAGACUUGAACAGAAUCCAGAAUAAACCGUACACAGAAACAGUGGACUCUGAUGGGCGGCUAGAUGAGGUGGUGGCGGAAGAGGCCUGGCAGAGACACAAGAUGAGAAAUGACUCCUUUAUAGUCGACCUCUUCCAAGGCCAAUUCAAAUCUAAACUGGUGUGUCCCACCUGCUCCAAGGUGUCCAUCACUUUUGACCCCUUCCUCUACCUUCCAGUCCCAUUACCACAAAAACAAAAGGUGCUCUCUGUUUACUACUUUGCAAAGGAGCCUCAUAAAAAGCCCAUCAAGUUUUUGGUCAGUGUGAGUAAGGAGAACUCCAGCACUGCUGAAGUCCUGGAGUCUAUUUCCAGGAGUGCCAGGGUCAAACCAGAGAAUCUCAGACUUGCAGAGGUUGGGAAAAAUCGGUUCCAGCGCAUUUUCCUGCCAUCUGAUUCCUUGGACAUGGUGUCUUCUUCUGACAUGUUGUUCUGUUUUGAGGUGCUCUCUAAAGAACUGGCCAAAGAGAGGGUCGUUUUGCUCCGAGUGCAGCAGAAACUCCAGGUCCCUAACAUACCCAUCUCUAAAUGUGCUGCUUGCUUAAAGCCUCCAGUGUCUGAUGAGGACAAGCUAAAGCGUUGCACCCGUUGCUAUCGCGUGGGCUACUGCAAUCAAGUGUGUCAGAGAACCCACUGGCCCAAUCAUAAGGGGAUGUGUCGACCUAACACGGAGAAUGUAGGCCUGCCAUUCCUGGUCAGUGUUCCAGAGUCUCGCCUCUGCCACGCCCGCCUCACUCAGCUUCUUGAAGGUUAUUCCAGGUUUUCUGUCAAUGUGUUCCAGCCUCCUUUCCAGUCUGGAAGGACGUCCCCAGAAACUUCUCAGUCCCGGUUAGACCUGGUGCCAAUGCCAACAAGUUCACCUGAAUUUGGUGUGUCUGGUGAUGGAGCCACAGGUGGCAGUAAUACUGCUGGAGCUAAUGCAGAGUUGGACAGCCAGUCUUCACAACCCGAGUCUGAGGCAGAUUACGGCCAGGCAUCAGCUGCGGAGACAGAUUCUCUCUCGUCCAUCCAGGCGUCUCUCUCCACCGCACAGACCUCAGACUCAGGAUACUCUGAGCUGAGCUCCACCACUUCCUGCUCCACUGUGGAUCCUCACGCUGAAAAGGAGACAUCUUGUGAGAAGACAGUGCGGCCAGAAGCUGCAGUAACGGGGUAUCAGCAUCCAAGCGAGUCAGCAUCUGGUCAUGCCAGUCAGUUCUACAUUUCUCUGCUGGACUCCAGCAACAAGGAACAGAGGCUUGAUGAGAAAGAAGACUUGCUCACAGAACUUCCUGAAGAUACUACUCUGGCGCUGGUGUGGAAAAACAAUGAGCGUCUUAAAGAGUAUGUUCUGGUCAGCUCCAAGGAGCUUGAGUACGAGGAGGACCAAGGCUCUCUGAGUGAGACGGCAAGAGCUGGACAUUUCACCCUGGAGCAGUGCCUCAACCUCUUCACCAAACCGGAGGUGCUGGCACCGGAAGAAGCAUGGUACUGUCCAAAGUGCCAACAGCACCGCGAGGCCUCCAAACAGCUGUUGCUGUGGCGUUUGCCCAACGUUCUGAUCAUCCAGCUCAAACGGUUCUCCUUCAGGAGCUUUAUCUGGAGAGAUAAGAUCAACGACAUGGUUGACUUCCCUGUCAGGAAUCUGGACCUGAGUAAGUUCUGCAUCGGACAGAAAGAUGAGAUGCAUCAUCCUCCCAUCUAUGACCUGUAUGCAGUCAUAAACCACUACGGUGGGAUGAUAGGAGGCCACUACACGGCCUAUGCUCGGCUGCCCAGCGACAAGAACAGCCAGCGCAGUGAUGUCGGCUGGCGUCUGUUUGACGACAGCACAGUGACCAUGGUGGAUGAGAGUCAAGUGGUGACGCGCUAUGCCUAUGUGUUGUUCUAUCGACGACGCAACUCCCCUGUGGAAAGACCACCGCGUUUUCUCAGGCCUGUAGGAGCAGAGUCCCCCACUACUGCAGGAGCUGCUGCCAGCCAGGCCUCUCGGAUAUGGCAGGAACUAGAGGAGGAAGACGAGGGGCUGGACCAAAGCCCCCGUGGACUGUUUGGCUCAGGGCUGUGGAGACGCAAGACUCAGAGGAACAGAGGCCAGGGACAUGAAGAGAGAAUUGCAGGUUCUUCACGGUGGCGCUCCAGUCAGCGGAUGUCGGAUUACCCCGACGAUUGUGUGCGAUAUUUUGUUCUGGCUACCAUGACUGCAGUGUUGGCCCUGUGUUUCAACCUGCUUUAUCCACUUCUGUCCAAGUCCUUCUGGAGCUGAGAAGCUGCGACUACUGUCAUAUUAUUUCAUUUAAUUUUUAACGGCCCCGAUCUUGAAGUAGUAAAAGGGAAUUCAUCAUUUGGAAUUCUGGUUUUGCAGCUGUGCUGAACCUGAAACGGACACAUCAGUAUCAGCUGAUGCUUGUCGCCACCACAUUACAGGACAGAACCUAAGGUCUUUAUAAUGGCAGCUCUGUCCUGUGUUUGUCUUGACUUGUCUUGAGUCUUGACUGUUUUUAUUCACUAAAAAUGACCUGAUAGAAAUUCAUGUCAAUUUUUAAUUUUAAUCUUUUAGUGUUUUUGGACCAAAAAUGUGUUCAACUUUGGUCAUAUUUUUAACAAAUGUGUUGAGACUUCCUUGUGUCCAGCCAUGGCAGCCAUUUUGCGCCUGACGCGUCACAGUUUGCACCAUCUGUAACAGAGGCUGGUGAAACUAUACUUUAAGACUGAUGUGUCCAACACUAUUUCAUUAGGUUAUUAUUAGGUCCAUGUAUACUUUUGAUUAAGUUUACAGUCAUCUCAGCCGUUAUCCUCUCUACCCAACCGUAUACAUUGCAGUUGAAGUCCACAAAACUGUUUUAGUGUAAAUAUAUAUAUUUUUUAACAGCUGUAAUGUUGCAUUGAAUGACUUCAAUUGAGCAUUUGUAGAAAUAACUCUCUGGACUGGUCUCUCGUGGCCUCUGUUAAAGGUCCUCUCCAGUUUUAUUGCACUACAAUGAAAACAAUGCAAGGCGUGGUCAUGAUGCAAUAUUUACCUUUAUUUAUUACUGUGAUAUUUACCUCCUGUUGCAGGGCAUGGAUAUUUGAACUUGAUGUUUGACUGUGUCACGUUUUUCAUUGUCUGUGUAACACUCGGUGUUACAGAGAUUUUAAUUUUUCAAUUAACAUCAUGUUCUAAUGAGAAACUGACCAAUUAUGACUAUAGAGAACAAUGGGAAGUUAAAUUAAGUCUAUAUAUGUAUGUACAUGUACAUUUGCCACCACCUUUAUUUUUCUGCCACAUUUUUGUUUGAUAAUACUGAAGAUAUGCAAAAUUACCGUCCGCCUCUAAAGGCAAACUAUGACUUUAAUUCACGUAAUGUAAUUAAUGUUACCUGUGUGUGAGAUGUUAAAUUAUGCAGCUCCAUGUGACCUAAGUACGGUUUCGCGUGCAACUGAUAAGUCUACGUUCACCAAAUCAAUUUAUACUUUAGCUUUUUUGUGUUUAAAACCUGAGGUUUUUUUUUUCUUUGUUUGAUCCAUGUCAAAUCCUGCUUUCAGGCGUCUUACUGCUGCCUUGAGUUGCUGUCAUACUGUAAACUUUACUCAGAAAUAUUCAAGACUCCAGUCCCAGCACUGCUGUGUCUCAGCCGUGUUCCCCACUGGUCUGGAUCGCCACCCACAGAUGAUAAUAAUAGAAGAUUUUCCCCAACUUAAUCUACAUUUAAAGUUCUACAUUUUUUUAUUGAACACAUUUCUUGAAAAAGACCAGCUUUUCUAUUGCAAAAAUUGAAUGUUUGCAAAUUGCAAAACUGGAUCUUAAGACCAUCCGUGUUGUGAGUAACGUCGGUUCUGAAAAACUGUGAAACACGAGUCAAAUGUUGGCUCACGGUUCAUGGAAAAAGUUUUUUUGUUUCUUUUAAACCUCUGGUUAAAACAAUGGCAGUGCAGUUCAGAAUGAUUUUUUUUCUCUCGAUGUGAAUAUUCUUCUGUGUCGUUUGAUCCUCUGUAACAGGAAUAACCUGAGAUCAGACUCCUUUGUUCCCAGGACUUGGGUAAAAGGGAUUCGUGGAAAUCGUCUCAUUUCAUGACUUAAAUCUUAAUAUGCAGUAAAUGAAAUAAUGAUGUGCUUUAUUUUUCAGGCCUGCAUUAUUUUACUUAAAAAGAAUAUGAAAUGCUCAUUAAUUUAUUGUUUUUAUUACAGUUCAUUUAAAGCAACAGUGAGUGAUGGUAAAAUGUUCUCAACAUUUUUGGUCCGAGAACUUCUUGAUAGAUCUGGUUUUCUUCUUGCCAGCUUCGGCCUUAAAAAUGUUGAUUGUAUGACAAAACUGUCGUUUCCCUUAUAUGUAUAUAUCAUGGACUAGUCUAACAUCUGUCUGUGAUGUACUUUACAAAAAAAUAAUUAAUUUCCCUGCAAUAAUCUAACAUGAAUACCUCCUCUAAUGCUGCUUCUCGGUGCAUCAAAGCCUUCCUUUGAUAAUAAAUGCUCAUGUUACAA